CACAACUUUUCCUCGUCAAGGUUUUGGCCGUUACACACGUUUUGAGCUUUCGACACAAUGCGCAUUGCCCUCCUGUUUUCGUCUAUUUGAUCGUUUGAAGUAACACGCUUGUUUUCGAGCAGAAGCAAGUUUCGCAUCGUUGUUGAGAGAACUGUUCAAACCCUUUGGAGUAGAGAGGUCUCUAGACCCGGAAACAUGAGUAAGAGUCUGGGCAUCCCGGUGAAAUUGCUCCAUGAGGCAGAGGGUCACAUUGUGACCGUGGAGUUGAAGAGUGGGGAAGUUUAUCGCGGAUCCUUGAUUGAAUGCGAGGAUAAUUGGAACUCACAGCUCGAGUCCAUCACCUAUACUGCUAAGGACGGAAAAGUCUCUCAAUUAGAACACGUUUUCAUUCGAGGAAGUAAAGUGAGAUAUAUGAUCAUUCCUGAUAUGCUCAAGAAUGCCCCUAUGUUUAAGCGCCUGGAUGCCAAGAUUAAGGGUAAGGGAUCGUCAGGUGUUGGGGUUGGUCGUGGUCGAGCAUCUACCAUGCAGGCAAAGGCUCGAUCAGCCGCCAGAGGCUCCGUACCACCUCCAAUGGGGGGUAGAGGAGCUGCACCUCCCAUGAGAAGAUAAGUGAAUGUGACCUGCUUGAUUAACACGUCUACCGGUAAAAUGGAAGUUUGACACGCAAUAACUUCUCAGCCUUUCUUCGUGUUCAACGCUGAGGCGUAUGCCUUCUGUAUUACAGAUCACCGUCUAAUCAAAACAUGGUUCUUAGUGUAGGCUACUGGAUAUGCUUCACCAGAUCAUAACAAACUUCCUAUCCAUGCUGUGUGGUGACAUUUCUUAAGUCUUCAUGGUGACCUGCAGGUUUUAGAUGAGAUUCAGGUUGUACAGCUAGGUUUUGCAGGUGAUCAAACUUUUUGAACUGUAAUUUCACACGUGGAAAUUCGAAAGCUUUACAGUCCCUCCGUAAGUCUGUUUGCUAUGCUUUUUUUCA